AUGUCCGAAUUGGCAUCAGCGACCCCUGUCAUUAUCCCCAUUCUGGGGCAGCCCAGCAUUGUGGUCGACAACGGCCUCUGGGCAGACUAUAUUAUCCAAGACCUCUUGAAAAAUAUCGCCUCCUCCACAUACGUUCUCAUCACUGACACGAACCUAUACAACACCUAUGUGCCACGAUUUCAAACGAGCUUCGACGCCACAACCAAGGGCCAGAAAACCCGACUUCUCACAUACACGAUCCCACCAGGCGAGGCGUCCAAGAGCAGGGAGACAAAGGGCGAGGUCGAAGACUGGAUGCUCUCGCAGCAAUGCACGCGCGACACAGUUAUCAUUGCCCUGGGGGGCGGUGUCAUUGGUGAUAUGAUCGGCUAUGUUGCUGCCACGUUUAUGCGCGGCGUCCGCUUCGUACAGGUUCCCACCACGCUGCUUGCCAUGGUCGACUCCUCCAUUGGUGGUAAAACGGCCAUUGAUACUCCCAUGGGCAAGAACCUGGUCGGCGCUUUCUGGCAGCCGCGACGAAUCUACAUCGAUCUCCAUUUCCUUGAGACCUUGCCCGUCCGCGAAUUUAUUAACGGCAUGGCCGAGGUAGUCAAGACAGCCGCCAUCUGGAGCGAGACCGAAUUUGAAUUUUUAGAGGCAUCUGCCUCCAAGAUCCUAGCCUGCGUUCACUCUAGGGCUACCGAUCGUCUGGUUCCAAUCAAGGACACGGUAAAACGAAUCGUGGUAGGAUCCGCUGGUGUCAAGGCUGAGGUCGUCUCCAGCGAUGAGCGGGAGGGUGGCCUACGCAAUCUUCUUAACUUUGGGCACUCCAUUGGCCACGGAAUCGAGGCCAUUCUUACACCACAGUUACUUCAUGGUGAGGCCGUAGCCAUCGGCAUGGUGAAGGAGGCGGAGCUGGCUCGCUACCUCGGCGUUCUACGCCCGGAGGCUGUUGCUAGGCUGGUCAAGUGCAUCGCUGCCUAUGGCUUGCCUGUCUCGCUGCAUGACAAACGCGUCCAGCGGUUGACCGCGGGUAGACCCUGUCCUGUUGAUGUUGUCCUGGAGAAAAUGGCUGUCGACAAGAAGAAUGAUGGUCUGAAGAAGAAGAUUGUGCUCUUGUCCGCCAUUGGCAAGACCUACGAGCCCAAGGCGAGCGUCGUCGAUGACCAAAGUAUCAAGGCUAUUCUUUCGCCAGCUAUCAUCGUUUCACCCACAGUACCUACCGACCUCAACGUCACCGUGAGCCCACCGGGGUCCAAGAGCAUCUCCAACAGAGCACUCAUUCUCGCCGCACUCGGAGCUGGACCCUGCCAAAUUAGGAAUCUUCUGCAUUCAGACGACACGGGCUACAUGCUUGCCGCCAUUGCUAAGCUUCACGGUGCCUCCUACUCGUGGAAGGACGGUGGUGAACUUCUCAUCGUCAAUGGCAACGCAGGCAAGCUAAGCGCGAGUCGGGAGGAGCUCUACAUCGGGAAUGCCGGAACUGCGUCGCGUUUCCUGACCACCGUUGCUGCACUAUGCUCGCCCACUGAUGCCUCGACUAGCGUUGUCCUCACAGGCAACUCACAUAUGAAAGUGCGCCCUAUUGGCCCGCUCGUCGAUGCGCUUAGACUGAACGGCGUUUCUAUCGAUUACUUGGAACAGGAUAAGAGCUUGCCUCUGAGGAUUGGUUCGUCCGGUGGGUUCGAGGGCGGUGUCAUCGAGCUCGCCGCCACGAUAUCGUCUCAGUACGUUUCAUCGAUUCUCAUGGCCGCUCCAUACGCCAAGAAGCCCGUUACUCUGAAGCUCGUUGGCGGUAAACCCAUAUCUCAGCUGUACAUUGAGCUGACGAUCGCGAUGAUGAAGUCGUUUGGCGUCUCCGUGACGACGUCAACUACAGAACUACAUACGUACUAUAUCCCUCAGGGCACCUACCAAAAUCCUUCAGAGUACAUUAUUGAAGGCGACGCUAGCUCAGCCACGUAUCCCCUAGCUAUAGCGGCAAUCACGGGGACCACCUGCACAGUGCCCAACAUUGGCUCGGUUUCGCUCCAGGGUGACGCGCGCUUCGCUGUUGAUGUUCUCCGCCCAAUGGGCUGCAUAGUCAGGCAGACGGAGACCUCAACAACUGUCACGGGCCCAAAGCCUGGGGCACUGGUGCCACUGCCGCACAUCGACAUGGAGCCCAUGACAGACGCCUUCUUGACUGCCUCUGUCUUAGCUGCAGUUGCGGGCGGUAAAACGAAAAUUACGGGCAUCGCAAACCAACGAGUCAAGGAGUGUAAUCGUAUUGCUGCCAUGAGAAUACAGCUUGCCAAGUUCGGUGUUCAGUGUGCAGAGCUGGAUGAUGGUAUUGAGAUUCUUGGCGUUGCCCCAGUCAAUCUGAAAACACCAGGCAAGGGCAUCUUCUGCUAUGAUGACCACCGCGUUGCCAUGAGCCUGAGCGUCCUGUCUGUUGUGGCCCCCCACGGUGCCGUUAUUACCCAGCAGGAUUGCGUUGGCAAGACCUGGCCUGGUUGGUGGGAUACUAUGUCUCAAUCGUUCAAGGUCCACCUGGAUGGCACGGACAAGUGCAAAGCGGAGGAGGAAGAGACACCACCAGCAACAGGGAACGACGAUCGGUCCAUCUUUCUGAUUGGUAUGCGUGGUGCUGGUAAAACUACUGCCGGAAUUUGGAUUGCGAAGAGCCUCGGCUGGAAAUCAAUCGACCUUGAUCAUGAGCUUGAACGCCGCACUGGUCUGUCAAUCCCAGAGAUUAUCGCGCGAGACGGCUGGGAAGGAUUUCGUAAGAAGGAGCUUCAGUUGCUCCAAGACGUUAUGGAAAAGCAGUCACUGGGCUACGUAUUCUCUUGUGGUGGCGGAAUCGUGGAAACAGCCGAGGCGAGGGACCUCCUUCAGGCCUACACUGGUAGCGGAGGCAAGGUCAUCUUGAUACAGCGCAAUGUUGAUCAAGUGAUGCAAUACUUGGAGAGGGACAAAAUACGACCUGCAUACAGCUCUGACAUUAGGGGUGUAUACAACCGCCGCAAACACUGGUUCGAACAAUGCAGCAACUUCCGCUACUACAGCAUCCACACCAACGAGCCCACUAGCAAGAGCAUCAUUCCGGACGAUUUUGCCCGCUUUGUAUCGAGCAUCUUCGGCAAAGACGCACAGCUUCCACAGUUGCGCAAAAAGCAACAAAGCUUUUUCGUUUCUCUCACGAUCCCGGACUUGUCUACUGCUACUGGGCUACUACCUAAGGCAGUCGUUGGCUCGGAUGCUGUCGAGCUCCGUGUAGAUCUUUUGAACAGCCAGGACCUAGAUUUUGUAACGGAACAAGUGUCAAUUCUCAGACAAUACACCGGCCUGCCCAUUAUCUUCACAGUACGCACCGCGUCGCAGGGCGGAUCGUUUCCCGAUGAUGCUACGGAAGCUUUGCUAGCGCUAUAUCAUCUCGGUCUGCAGCUUGGCUCAGAAUAUCUCGAUGUGGAGAUAACAACAGCGGAUGAGAUACUGGAAUCCGUCAGCUCCGCGCGGGGUCAUACCAAACUGAUUGCUUCCCAUCACGACCCGCGCGGUGCUUUAUCGUGGAGGAACGCGUCUUGGAUCGAACACUACAAUCGUGCUCUUCAGUACGGCGACAUUGUGAAGCUCGUGGGUCUGGCGCACAAAGUUGAAGACAAUUUCGAUUUAGUCCGAUUCAAGUCGAGAACGACUUCCGAGCAAGGCCCGCCCAUCAUCGCCAUCAAUAUGGGGACAGUUGGCCAGCUCAGCCGUGUCCUAAACGGCUUCCUGACACCCGUAUCACACCCAGCAUUGCCGUUCAAGGCAGCGCCCGGGCAGCUGAGUGCCGCAGAAAUUCGACAAGCGCUGACGCUUGUUGGACAGUUGGAGGCGCGCAACUUCUAUCUCUUCGGAAAGCCCAUUUCUCAGUCUCGAUCACCUGCACUCCAUAAUGGCCUGUUUGACCAAUGUGGUCUCCCGCACCAGUACCGGCUCUUGGAAACAGACAACGCAAUUGACGUGAGACCUGCUCUACGUGACCCUAGCUUUGGUGGUGCAUCAGUAACCAUACCUCUCAAGCUUGACAUCAUCGGCGAACUGGACGAGCUCACGGAAGCGGCACGUAUAAUUGGCGCCGUCAACACGGUGAUACCGCUAUCCAGUAGUGUAGGAGAUGGCACACAGCAUCUUCUCGGAGACAAUACAGACUGGAAAGGAAUUGUCCAUGCCCUUCGCAAUGGAGGCAUUGGGGAGGUCACCAGCAAUUCGACCGCCAUGGUCAUUGGGUCAGGUGGGACUACGAGGGCCGCCGUGUUUGCUUUGCACACUCUCGGAUUCGGCCGCAUCUACGUCGUCGGUCGUACGGCCAAGAACGUAGAGGCCAUGAUAGCCGAUCUCCCAGACGACUACAAUUUGCAGGCAGUCACGGAUGCUGCUACUAUUGCAGUGCUACCUAACGUUAUUAUCAGCACGAUUCCUGGCGACAAGCCAAUCGACCCUAUGACCGAGAAAGUCAUUAGCGCAGUCGUGAAUGCAUCCGCUACAGCCUUGCAACAACGUGUCCUUCUAGACAUGGCGUACAAACCUCGUGCGACUCCAGCGGUGAAGAUUGCUGAAAGUGCUGGUUGGCCUACAAUUCCUGGCCUCGAAGUCCUUGCAUCUCAAGGCUGGUACCAGUUCGUCCUAGGAACCGAGUAA